UGAUCAGCUGUGUCCAAUCACAGCAAAUCGCAUGUAAAUAGGGAAAUGCCGGUUAUUGGCAUUUCUCUCCUCACGAGCUAGGGGACAUGUGCACUGAUCAUGAGGGCACUAAUGAUCAGUGUGCCCUGGUGAUGUGUGUAUCCCCAGCAGUGCCACCUGUCAGUGUCCAUCAGUGCCAGCUGUCAGUGCUCAUCCAUGCCACCUGCCAGUGCCCAUCAGUGCCACAUCAAUGCCACAUUUAAGUGCCUACUAGUGCACAUCAAUGCCACAUAUUAGUGCCCAUCUGAGCUGCCUUUCAGUGUCACCCAUCAGUGCCAGUCAGUGUCACCUAUCAAUGCCAGUCAGUGCCCCUAUCAGUGCUCCCAAUCAGUGCCGCCUAUCAGUUUGCAUCAGUGCCGCCUAUCAGUUUGCAUCAGUGCCGCCUAACAGUGCCACCUAUCAGUGCUGCCUAUCAGUGUCAUAUGAGUGCCGCCUUUCAGUGCCUAUCAGU